UUUUUGAAACGCCUUAUUUAGACGCUCGCCGAUCGCGCAUAGAAAUAAUUCGAAUUUGCUAUUUCGUGCAUGUGCGCUUCUAGUGCCAGUUUCCCAGAAAUUUGCUUCGCUAUUGAUAGUUUUUAAAUAUAAACAUUCUUUACAUAAAAAAAGUAUUAUAAUCAGUGAUCAUGUGAAUACACUUUAAACGUGCGCGCUUUGGUGCUCUGUCUUAUUUAUUUGACCGCAGUUACUUUUAUCCUGCGAUAUAUUUUAUGAUGAUACAUAUAAAAUCUUGUCAGUUUAUUUUCGAUAAUCUCUUCGUAUUGCGUUUAAUUCAUGCGACGUAAACUUUACACAUACACACACACGCGCGCGCGCGAGAGAGAGAGAGAGAGAGAGAGAGAGAGAGAGAAUAACAUAUAGGUAUGCGUGUGUAUAAGUAUAUACAUAUAAUACGCAUCAAAAUUCAACAUGCUUUGGUAUCUUUCUCAUCUCAAAUUUAACAUUUUAUUUGUUAUGAAUUUACUGGAACGCAAAGUUGCCUCAUGAAAUUUUUACGAAUCAAUAUUAAAUCUCGUUGUUAAAUAAAAAAUGUUAAAGUAAAAGGAAGAAAGAGGGAGAUCGAAUUAAUAAAGGAGAUACAGGAAUUGCUUGACGUCGCGUUGCGUCGCGUCGCGUCAGUUCGAGGGCAAAUCUAGUAAGCUAGGACAGGGGCUAUUAAUAACUGUUUAGGGUGCCGUACCUGGCCGCUGAGCGCGCGGUACCGUCCGCGUCUCGACGACCGGCGUCUCAGUGUCGUCGCGACGACCGUUGCAUCCGCUGUUCCGUUAACGGCGAGACCUAGGUCGCGUACGAGUUUGCGGAAUCCGAAACAGCCCUUCCCACACGCUGUCGCACCAAAAUUACGACGUCUCUUCAAAAUCAUCCAUCCGGCUACGCCUCGUCGUGGAGCUUUAACGCCGAAAUGGCGCGGUGCAACGUACCUCUCAAAAGAAUAUGGGAAAACUGUACCCUACGCUUUAUAUAGAGCCAGAUACUCGGCCGAUACGGAUUCUCGCUAUUUGAAUUUACGUAGGCGGAUAUAAUGUGUUAAUUGUAUGUUUUGGUUUCUCACCGAUUGCUCGUCGUUACAUUUUUCAUAACGGUGUAUUUUUGUCGCGUGUUUUUUCAUCAAAUCCGAUACUUGCAAUGCGUUAUUUAUCGUAGAAAUAUCGUAGCCCGUUCUUACAGCGGCUCUCGUUGUCUCGCUGUCGCCUGCUAUUUAUUACUAUUAGAUAGAGAAUUUCGAUUUUUUUUAUUCCUAUAUAAUACCGGGAAAAUUACAUUGAUUCGAUAUACAUCGACAUGCUUCGUCAGUUGUGACUCGUGAAUUUUUUUGAACGAGUUUGCGCCACGCGACAUUGCGCGAGUAAGAACAGAAGAGGAGGAGGAGGAAGAGAAGGAGGAGGUGACGGUGGUGGCGGAAGAGAAGAAGGAGGAGAAGGUGACGGACUCUAAUUUGAGUUCGCGAAUCGUUCGUACCUGACAAUGGUACGUUUCCCGUGUGACCAUCGUUUUCCGGGAGUGAUUCACUUUGCGCUUCUUCCCGCUUCUUUGCUGCUCGUCGAUUUUUGGCAUGAAUUUUCUCACGUGAGGAGUAAUUUAGAAUAAAAAAAGAGGCAAAAUAAAUAAAUAAAAAAAGAGAAAAGAAGACGCGUUAAUCGUUUUCCCUGGCUUUUUCGCUUGUAUUUUCCCUGAAUUCCAAAAAUUGUUGCGUGUUCCUCUCUAACGUGUUUUUAUACGCUUGCCGCGAUGACGAGAGUGUUUAAUGUUAAUUCCUAAUUUUCGUCGAUCUUCGAAAAUAACAUUACAUAUACAAAUGAACGUGCGUGUAAACGUGCAAUAGCACGUCCGUAAAACGUCCGUGAUCGACGGUCUUGUCUUACAAUUAGUUGCGUUCGUUUCUUAUUAUUUCGUUGUAUAUAUGUCCGUACUUUCAUUCGCUCAUUCGUCUUCUCGUCUGAUAAUCGAACGUAUCUGACAAGUGUUUCACCUACUCGAUAUCUAACGAGAUAAAAAAAAAAGCGCGAACGUAUUGAUAUACUCUUAACUCCUUCGAUUCCUUUUCCUCUUUUCAUCGUUUCGUCAUGCGCAAACAUUUCAAGAACCGGGUGAGAUCGCUGACGCUUUUGACGUCUUGAAAUUUAAACUACCGCAAAUUUAGAAAAACUCUUUUUUUAAUCAAAACGAGCCGUGAGAUUCGAUAGGAACGAGUUUGGGAUUUUUUUUUAAGAAAGGACUGUCUCGUUUCUUAAAUUAGAAACACCGUUUCAAGAGAACGAUCAUUUGCUUAAUAAAUGUUAAACUGACUCCAUGUUGAUAGCGUCAGUAAAAGUUGUGCAGUAUUACACGAAUGGUAUUAUAUAGAACGUGUAGAAUAUAUGGGCGCGACAGCGUUUACGGUAACUUGUUACAAACAAGAUUACCAGUGUUGGCCGGCGGCUCCUCGACGAUGUGAGACUACUUUUGUUAAAAGUGCGGAUAAAUAGGUUUGAAUAAUUGGAAAAUACGUAAGGAGGAAGAAAAGAGUGCACGAGCGCAUCGAGUGAAUCGAGAAAGUCUUAAUUGGAGUUGGAAGAAUUUUUGACUGUUGACUCUUGUGAGUUCGGUUGCUCGCGUAGAAGAUUUAACGUCGCGAGGAAGUCGAUCGCUUCAUCUCGAGAACAGAUCCGAUUGAUACAGAUGAGGCUGCGAACAAUCCGCAACUGUGGCGUGGAGGAGUAUCGGGAUCUUCGCAAUCAUUACCGCGAGGAUCAUUGUUUCUGACAGCUGGACGUUGGCAGGAGGGACGGACAGACGAUAGUGUGCUACAGCGGCUGCAGUGCUUGCGAAUACUCGAUGGAUGAAUUCCAUCCAUUUAUCGAGGCUCUUCUACCAUUCGUGAAGUCAUUCUCGUAUACAUGGUUCAACUUACAAGCUGCCAAAAGGCGAUACUAUAAGAAACACGAAAAGCGGAUGAGCUUAGAAGAAGAACGUCAGUGUAAGGAGGAACUCCAGAAUGAGAAGCUGGAAGUAAAACAGAAAUGGGCCUCGCGGCUUCUGGGAAAGUUACGGAAGGAUAUCACGCAAGAAUACCGAGAGGACUUUGUGUUGAGUAUCACGGGGAAGAGACCAGCGAUGUGCGUUCUGAGCAAUCCUGAUCAAAAGGGCAAAAUGCGUCGAAUCGAUUGUCUUCGUCAAGCGGACAAGGUAUGGAGAUUGGACCUAGUUAUGGUGAUCCUUUUUAAGGCAAUUCCACUGGAAUCGACGGACGGGGAACGGCUUGAGAAAACUGCGGAAUGCGCGCAGCCGGGGCUUUGUGUCAAUCCUUAUCAUAUUAACGUUUCCGUUCGGGAACUGGAUCUCUAUCUCGCCAAUUUUAUCACGAGUCACGAGGUAUUGAACGGCAUCUGCAACGCUAGCAAGGAGGAGGACAGGCGUCGAAAAGGUACAGGAUACCAUGAACUAUAUAAUGGUGUCGUCUGCAAUGAUACGAUCCUUGCAACAGGUGUCUUCAGCUCCAAAGAGCUUUGGAUGCUUUCAAAAGCGUCCAUACUGCAUGACCUCAGCGACAUGCAGCCUCAAAUAAACGCGAUCAAAAUAGAGCACCCGCCGUACUACUGCAGCAGCUACACCCCACCAUCCGCAGCCACGACCGCGGAUCACGUUCAGCCGGCGGCUAGCUUCAGUCCACCGCCGGUUCAUCAACUAAUAAGAAACGAUAAGACUGAGAAACCGCCGACAGUCACGGUUUCGAGUGCACCGACAUUUUCAUCGGUCCUCAGGCCGGAAGACGGACACCGUGGAAUAGAAUCUCCGCAUUCGCAAACGGGAUUGCAUUCGCCUCAUGAAGGACUAACCGGUGGCUCCGGUCAAGGCAUGCCUGGACUCGCUUAUUAUCAGCCAGAUCACCCUGGAUCUACUGGAGUGGUAAAGUAUCCUGAGAACGGACAUGAUACUCUUUCGGAUUUUGUGACGUUUGUCUGCCAAGAAGCCGAGAACACCCAGCAACUGUCUCAGACGCAACUAACCGGAUCACGCACCGGUAUACAAAAGUUCCCGCAGUAUUAUCCAAGUUCGAUGUUACCGCCACCACCACCUGCUCCUAUGGCCAGACCAGUGGCGAUAAUAAGAUCAACGGGUGAAUUAGCAGCAACGACUGCUAGCUCGUCACCAACAUCGUCCACAUCACCUACGGAUCCGGCUGAGUUAGGGCCUAACCAGGAACAAAUGACCGCCGCGGCGGCAGUCGGGCUCGUCGGUUCCGCUUGCCAGAAUUCUGUCGAAUCCGCUGGACGGAAGAGCCCUGCCAGAAUUCUCGUUACACCACACACCACGAGCAGGGAAUAUACAUUUGCUCAUUUUCAUUCGCAACCCGGCCAGGUUAGCUUCUUGUACGAUUUCUUUCUCGUACUGUCGAAGAUCCGAUUGGAUUUUUCCAUCGUAUCACAAUUGCUUAUAUUUUCCCAAGUAGCAAGCACACGUCAUUUUGAUGUUAAAUAUUAGGUACGUAUGUACUAAUGAUAUUAAGUGUCCAAAAAAAUGAUAGUUAUGUAUAAAUCAUUUUAAUGAAUUCUUAAUUUUAAUGUUAAAAAGACAUUAUUAUGACAUAAUAAGUUUUGUGCUGUAACUUAACUUAUUUUACAUCGUAACAAAAUCUAAAGAUAAAUUUUUCCUUUGAUUAUUGUUAGUUUUCUGUUUGUUUAGAUUUAUUGUUUUACUGAAUGUAUUUAUAAUUUGUCUAAAAUACUUAAAUGUAACAACAAUUGCAAACAAUUAAAGUUCUCCUCAAACGGAAUUAACUUAAUGUACAAUAACAACUAUCCGAAAAGCAAAGUAUCAUCAUUAUAAUAUCAAUUUAAGGUAUUAAGAGCAUUUUUUGGUAUUAG